GGCGUUGCCAGAUCGUGGCACUGGCGUCCGGGCUAACAAUAACAAAAAUUGGAAACUGCAGAUUAAAUAUUCCGCGAAAUGUCUAUGAUUCCUUUUUUUCCCACGCUCAAGGUAUCCGUGGCAAAUCGGUACUGGUUGGACAUGGCUCCUGCCUCCGUCAGCGAAGAAGCGCAAACUCGUAGAUACGAAGACGAGCGCAGCAAUUGGCGGGAGUCACUCAAAACGGCAGGAACAGACCUGCAGCCGCUAGGCAAGAUGCUCACCAUUCCUGGAAUAGAAACCGACGACGAGGAUGCCAACGACGACAGCGAGGACACCGAUAGUCACGAUGAGGAGGACGACGAGACCAACGAUCGCGUCAUUCCGGUCACCCAGGACUUUUACUCCGCCGACGACAUACAGAUGAACGACGAGACUUCGCCCACAGCUCCCUGAAUACGGGUUAGCAUUAUUUACGCUCGCCGUACUUGGAUUUAUAAUGCUCUCCGUUUGGUGGAUACACAAUUAUUUAUUUUCGCGUCUUGUUCCCUUUACAAACUGUAACAAGUGUCGGAUACUUUAGGCUUAAAUAAAUUAAAACAUAGUAAGCAA